CAGUGAAGGGCUAUAAUCACACAAACCCCCACACACCGUCUUAUGGCCGCUGGUACCGAGAACUGAACUAGUCGUCGGGCGGGCGGGGAAACAACCACCGGUGUGCUGCUGCUCCUGCUGCUCUGGGGAGCAGAAGGGGAGCAUCAAUGCCUCCAAGUUCCCUCUCACACAUCGGCCUGGAUCUGUUCUCACCAUCGGGCCUCCUGCGCUGAGAUAAUGAAAGGAUGGCCGAGCAGCGAUGCGGGGACCACGGAGGGCUGACGGAUGCUGCUGCAGCGACUCGCCGGGAUGAGCAGCGGCAUCACAACACGAUGAAUUCAACGGAGGAAGCAGGAGGAGAGUGUCUCUCUUUGGAGGAGAUACUGAGGCUUUACAGCCAGCCCAUUAAUGAGGAGCAGGCUUGGGCGGUGUGUUACCAGUGCUGCAUGACGCUGGCGAAGAGACACCGGAGCAGGAGAAGCUCCUCCGCCUCCGCCGCCGGAGCAUCAUCAGCGGCGGCUCCGAGGAAGAUAUCUGGACCUGGGGAUGUUAGGAUACAGAAAGACGGGUCUGUGAGGAUGGUGCACCAGGGCUGUGAAGGUAAAUACAGCCCUUGCACAACAACAGAGGUGAUUGAGUCUCUGGGCAUCAUGAUCUACAAAGCUCUGGAUUACGGGUUGAAGGAGAAUGAGGAGAGGGAGCUCAGCCCCCCUCUGGAGCAGCUCAUCGACCUCAUGACCAACAUGGCUGAGGCUGAGAGGGAGGCCUGUCCCGACGAAGGAUAUGAGGCCACAGAGGAAGAGGAUGAAGCAGAGGAUGACCCUGACAUCUCCAGUGUUCAUGGCUACGGAGAUAUCCUCAAGCUUUGCACAGCUCAUCUACCCAGUCUAUCAGACGCACCUAAUCACUACCAGGCAGUGUGUCGUGCUCUGUACACAGAAACCAGGGAGCUGCGCACUUUUCUGGAGAAGAUCAAGAGUGCCAAGGAGAACCUCCGUAAAAUGGAGCAUGAGUCAUCAGUGGAGCCUGGACACGACCUGAAUGACCUACAGAAUGCUGACUGGGCAGUGAUUAAAGAGCUUCUCAGGAACCAUGUUGAGAUGGAUAGAACCACUGCCCUUGAUGAACCCUCCUUAUUUUGUGUGCACAGAGAGGCUCGAUUCUGGGUUCAGGUGAUGAGGGACCUGCGUGAUGGAGUCAAGCUGAAGAAGGUGCAGGAGCGGCAGUACAACCCUCUGCCCAUCGAGUACCAGCUCACUCCCUAUGAGAUGCUCAUGGACGACAUCAGGUCCAAACGAUACAAACUGCGCAAAGUCAUGGUAAAUGGAGACGUCCCGCCCAAGUUAAAGAAGAGCGCUCAUGAAGUCAUCCUGGAGUUCAUCAGAUCCAGACCACCUCUCAACCCCGUGUCAGCUCGUAAGCUGAAGCCACAGACUCAGCCUCCUCCAACACUGCAUGAGCGGAUCCUGGAGGAAAUCAAAGCAGAGAGGAAACUUCGACCGGUGUCACCUGGUGAGGUCCGCAGGGGAAGGCUGGAUGAGUUUAGUCCAUACAUGGGCAGGAGGGUGUCCAGCUCUCUGUCUCUGACCAAUGGAUCAGCAUCUCCCAGAGAAGAACCCUCCGGAUCUCAGUCUGCACCUCAGAGGAAGAGGCUCCUGAAGGCUCCCAGCCUCGCCGAGCUGGACAGCUCUGACUCUGAUGAUGAGAUCGUUGGCCGCAAAUCAGCCAGCAGCUCCAGCGUAGCUACAUCUGUGAUGGAUGAUACAUCCCCAGAGUCUGUGCUUGGGAAGAAAACCCCACCCAUGUUUCUGCCCAUCUCCUCCACACCCCAGCCGGAGAGGCGUCGGACCCCCCAGAGGAGACACUCCAUCGAGAAGGAAACCCCGACCAAUGUCCGACAGUUUCAGCCGCCCUCCAAACAGAGCUCCAAGUCUCUGGUUGGGACGAUAGCUUCAUAUCGUCCCUGGAUCCCCCUCCUCCACCUCCUCCGCCCUUCUCCCUCCACUCUCCACCCUUUGCGGAGCGCCCACCCUAUCGAGGCGUUUGUGUUGGGGUUGAUGAAGGCAGUUUUUGCACUGUGCAGGGGCAUUUACGUCAGAGGAAGAGAGUCAGACAAGGAGGAGUUUUGUUUCCCUGUGGAGUGUCUGUCUCUGACAGUGGAGGAGGUGAUGCACAUCAGACAGGUGCUGGUUAAGGCAGAGCUGGAGAAGUUCCAGCAGUACAAAGACAUCUACAACGCUAUGAAGAAGGGAAAGCUUUGCUUCUGUUGUCGAACUAAAAGGUUCUCCUUUUUCACCUGGUCGUACCUCUGCCAGUUUUGCAAAAAGCCUGUUUGUUCACAGUGCUGCAAAAAGAUGCGACUGCCGUCCAAACCUUAUUCCAGCUUGCCCAUCUAUUCCAUUGGCUCGACCAACACUCUCCCCAGGCAGAGGGUAAGUGCUAUGACUGCUGUAGGACAAGGACUCUCUGUGGCUGGAGACCCGAGACCGUCAACAGUGGGAGAGUCCACGGCGCCUCCAACUUUGAAAGGAGCAACAACAGGAGCAUCUAAAGGAGCUGGAAAAGCCCCAGGAGCAGCAGCCGCUGCUGCUAAAUCUGAGAAAUCCUCCAGCAGCCUGCAGCGUCACGGCAUUCAGAAGACCAUGUCCAAGCUUUCAAAGCAUGGCUCCUUAAAGUCCCAUGAAGAGCUGGAGCUACCCCCGGAGCUGACGGAAGACUGGGCCACCAUGGAGGUGUGUGUAGACUGCAAGAAGUUCAUCACUGACAUUAUCGCCUCCAGCAAGCACAGCCUGUCAUUGGCCACCAAAAGAGCUCGCCUAAAACGCAAGACCCAAUCCUUCUACCUGUCCUCCCCUAAAGGAAGGGAGGAAUACCGGCCCUCUGAACGAACAAUCAAAGAGAUCUAAAUAUCACUCUGGCUGCUUACGGCUCCAAUGGCACAAUUGUACAUGUACACUUCAAUCUGAUAAAGCUGUCAGAAUGGCUGAUCUGAAGCUCAGUGGUGGACAGUGUGGUUUUUGUUGCUCUGUCCUGAUCAUUGUGUACAGCUCCUUCAGACAGCAGCAUACUAUAGAUCUGCCAACCUUUUUUUUUACUUACCAUAUCAUGAAUGACCCUUUAAUAUCUGGCCACAGUGUUUGAGUAAAGAGACAAAAACUGUUGUGAUGACAAAUUGCUCAAAGUGGAAUGACUUUCCUCCCCUCUGAUGGCACAACAGCAUGGUCCAACCCAACUCACAUUAAGAUCAAUAAGCACAAGAAGGAUCCAUGUUUGUUUGACUUCCUCAGGCACAGGCACUGCAGAAGACACAGGGCCUGCAGAGAGAUCAUGUUGUAAGCUGAGAGUGUCACAUUCAAGAAUAUAUGGAAUAUUGAACAGUACAUUUUGUAUGGUUUUUAAUUUAGUUGUUUUUUUUUAAUGUGUGUACAGUAAAUGAUUGUUCGAUGAAAAGUCACGCUCUGUUUUUGAUUAGCAGUUUUAUUUUUGCUGAUGAUGAGACUUUCCCACACGUUCAACUUUACUAAACAUACAAGCAAUUCGUUUUUUGCAUCAUAUUUAGAAAUCAUCUGCAUCAUUAUGCAGAUUUAGUGCCAAAUAAUAACUUCUUGAUCAUCUACAUGCCACCCAAAGAAAAAAAUAUCCUCUGAUGUAUGUAUGAAGCAGUCUUGCAACAUAAUUAUUUAACAAACUUUAAAGCCCAUGAAAACAUGAUUUUAAAUCUCACUAUAACCUUCAUUAUGCAUUAAAUAAGCACAGAAGCAGUCCUGCUUCGUCAGGACUCUGUGGGCAUGAUUUGAUCCGAUUUGAUUGACAGUGAUGUGACAAUCAAGCAAUUUUAGUAUUGCACUACCAUAAUGUAAGGGAACUUGUAAGAGACAGAUUAAAAAAACGUUGUUCAUAACUUCAACUUAAGAGGCUGAAAUAUGGGCUCAAAAAACGCUCAAAAAAUGCUAGAGCCUACAUUUACCAUGAUGCAACACCUAUGCAUCUUUUGUAAACCAUUCCUAACUGCUAAAUACCCACACCUUUCAACCUCCACGUCCCGAGUUGGUAACAAACCAUACAUUUGAUCAUCAAUCGAUAAAAAAUAUAAUCAAACGUAAAAUGAUAAUUUUCCUUCUGAGCCACAGAAGACGCUACACGAGAGUUUUCAUUGUUGUCACAGGCUCAGUAAUACUCAUGAGUAAACUGAUCUUCAUGUUCUGUGAAGUACCCCUAUUAACACCCCCACAAUUGCUACUUGAAACAAAGCUAAAUACUAAUUUCUCCAGGGAAGUACAUGAUAUCUGCCUGUUUCCAACUGAGACUCGCCCUCAAACCAGUGAGAAGAGCACAUGUGAAACAGAAAAUACAGAAACCUUUCAUGUAAAAUAACCAAGACUACUGUAACUGACAGAAAAUGUGUUGCUCUCGUUGGACCACAUCGCUUACAGUAAGAAGCAGAUUAAAAACAUGAUUUUAAAGGGCCUUUAAAGCACAUUUCUUAACCAUACAUUUAUACCAUAUGUUCAUUUGCAACUACAUUUUAACUUAAACAGAUUCAGGCAUAGAAACAUCAUUACCUGCAGUAUCAUGUGUUGCAGGACCGCCUUUUAAUAAUUUACAGGAAAUAUCUGCAUAUCUUUGCAUUUUUAAAUAUUCCUUUGCAUUGAUAAAUAUGUUGUAUGUAUUAUCCUCCUUUGCUUAUCUUUACAUUAAGUACCUGAGUACCUGUGUAAAGAUUAGUCAUAAUAAAAACACCUCAUGUUAAUGUUUUUGUACAGAUGUAGUUGAUGAGUUCACUGUACAGGCAGCAAAAAAAUAGCAUACUGUCUUGCUGUUCAACACACACUGUAAGUCUUAAUAUAAUGCCUUUAUGAUUUCCCUCCAUCUUUCAGUCUCACUGGCGGGGAGAAAUACCUGACUUGUGGCCUGGAUGUCCAUUUGAUUCUUCAUCACAUUCCUUGUCUUCCUCCUUAACAUAUUUCUGCCUUAAAAAUUGCCUUUUAUGAUCACACACAUGUUGAACAGUCAUCUACUGUAACUGUACAUACCUUGUUUCUGAUGGUUUGUUUGUAGAUCUGCUCUGUGUUGCCUCGAUGGUAUCUUGACAGUGGGACUGCUGUAGAUCUGUGUCUCUGAGAGGGAAACUACCCAGUACAGUGUGUUCAGGGGAGGAGUGGGAAGUCCACAGAAGAAACCUCACAGUGUGACAGCAUCAUGCAUGUACUAUGGUGUAGCUUGUACCUUCAGUCUGUAUUACCUUCAAGCUGUAACUCCUUGCAGAGAGUGCAACAAAUGAUGACUACAACAAUAAAGUGUAAUGCAAUACCUGA